ACUGAUUCAUGCUAGUUUUUCAGUUUUUUAAAUUGCAUCCUCAUACGCUAUGGCUACUUCACAAAGUUUCUGGGCUUCUGCUAAAGAUUUCUUCUCGGCAAUUUCGCCGAAAAUUGCUCCCAAGCCGCAGGAAGGAGACCAACGAAGCAAAGAAGUGCAAAAUGUCGAAAUGAACAAAGAAAAGAGACGAUACAAGCCAGCAAGGCUUGUAAAUGCAGACAAAACCUAUCUAUAUGAAUUUGGCUCAUUAAAUCUGCCAUAGUGCUCGAGUCCUCUCAUCCGUAGGUACUUCGAGCAUAUUGCUCUUUUUUCAAAAGCUUUUGUAUUUUGCCUGUUCAUAUUGUAUAUUGUACACUUUUACUAUUCCACACAGUGGUUGUGCAUAUUACUAGCUAUUCAAGGCUAAGAGCCCAUAUAUUACAUUUCUAUAGAUAAAUUAGCUAGAGUUGUGGCCUCAUUUCCCUGAUUUCACUAUUUAUGAAUAUCUCAGAAAUAAAUAUAUGAAAUGUAU